CCAGCAAUGUCAGCCGCACAACCUGCUGGAACCUGGAACCGGGGGAACCCUCGCGCAGCCCCGUCGCGUCCCCAUGGAGCCUCCGGAGUCCGCCGCCGGUGGCCGCAAGCGGCGCCGCCGAGGUGGCGGCCGGAACCGCCGGAAGCCUUCGUCGUCCUCGCAACAAGCGCCUGCGCCAGCGGCCGCACCCCCACCGCCGUCCUCCCCUCCGGCGAAGCGGCGGCGCAAGGACGGCACCGGCCAGGCCGCGGCCACACCCAAGCGAGGCAACACCUCGAGCCUACUAGACAAGAUGCGUGCAAGGUUAUCUGGUGGCCAUUUCAGAAUGCUAAACGAGAAGCUCUACACUUGCAGUGGGCAGGAUGCGUUUGACUACUUCAAAAAUGACCCUAAUCUUUUUGAUGUGUAUCAUACAGGAUAUAGAGAACAGAUGUCACAUUGGCCAGAGCAGCCAGUAAAUGUGAUAAUAAAUUGGUUGAAGAGUCAUAAUGCAUCAUGGACUGUUGCUGAUUUUGGCUGUGGGAACGCAGCAGUUGCGAAAAAUGUGAAGAACAAGGUUUUCUCUAUUGAUCUUGUUUCAGAUGAUCCUUCAGUGAUUGCUUGUGAUAUGGCUCAUACUCCAUUGGAGCCAUCCUCUGUAGAUGUUGCAAUAUUUUGUCUUUCUUUGAUGGGAACCAACUAUCCAAGUUACUUGGAGGAAGCAAAUAGGGUUCUCAAGCCAAGUGGUUGGCUUGUUAUUGCUGAAGUGCGAAGUAGGCUAGACCCAAAUAACGGAGGUGCUGACCCUGAAAAGUUUUCUAAAGCCAUCAUCCAGCUUGGCUUUUCCCUUGUUUCAAAGGACGAGAAAAAUAAAAUGUUCAUUCUGUUCUACUUCAGGAAAAAGGACAAGAGUAAGGUGGCAAAGAGCAUCGAUUGGCCCCAGUUGAAACCUUGCCUGUACAAGCGUCGGUGAUCUCAUAUCCACCAGUAAAACUGUAGUCGCACUAGAACUCUUAAAAGUUACAAACUGAUGUAUCUUGUUAGAUUACUAGGUCUCUGUAUGCCAGGCUCGCCCACCUCAGUUAUGUUUCAACCUUUUCCCCCACAUGAGCCGUGUCUUUUAUGUAUCGUACCUCACAAGACAAGGCCGCUUGACCUAUUGGCUAGUGCAAUGCGAUGUGAUCCGGAAGCAAUUUAUAAUUU